UGUAUCGGUAUUUGAACUCCACAAUCGAUAUGCAAGGAGACGUCGCAAAUCCUCUGUUAAUUAAUGCUGUUGAACUUGCCAGGGUUUCACGGUCGCUUGUACUUCAUUUCCAGGCCACACGUUUGCCUUUGGGCUUGUCUCGUUUGAGCCGCCUGGCAAUCGCCGCUGUUCCACACUUACCCUUUGUACCGAUCGCCCAGGCUCACUCACAGCGCCCCCAUGCUAGCAACCAUACUCGCAUUAUAUCCAAAGCGACUGGACGCAAGGAAGAUUUAUGGCAGCUGUACAAUGAGGUUGUCUACCCUCCUAAAGUUCCUGUGGGAAACAAGGAUGUGGCCAGUUUUGUUCUGCAGGAGCGUAGACCUGGGGAAGUAACACAUCGACGUGAGGAUCUCCUAUACAGCCAAAAGAAACUGUGGCUUUUGGGUUUUAUGAUUCGAGGCAGGUCGGUUGACGAUGCUUUUGCUCAGUUAGCUCACCGACCAGAAAAAGGAGCUAGGAUUUUGGAGGAGGUUCUAGAAGAAGCAAUUGAACUUGCAGUAAAGGAGCACGACUUUGAGUAUUGCACCAAAAUCUGGGUCGAGACUGUUCAUGUUUGCCGAGGGCGCGGUGUCCCACGUCUCUACAAAGGUGUGCGUGGACAUCUUUCAGCAAACAAUUACCACUACGCCAAUUUAUACAUCCGGCUCCGCGAAGGUGAUCCGCCCCCGGUUUACCAUCCUCGUCAAAUCAAGGGUUCGUGGACUCCGACCCACAAUUGUCCUAGCUUCGGACGUCCUUCUUGGGGUUCCGGUAACGAUAUGCUACAAUUGGAACUGGAACGGAUGAGGCAACGGCGACUAAAAGGCGGCAUGUAGAACUCCUAAUAAAUGUGUAAAUAGAUACACUUUGCAGUUUUAUUCCUUUCGGAGCCAUACCCCACUGUGCUUCAUAUAAUAGUAAAAAUUGGACUUGCAAAAAACGACAAGACGUAUCAUCAAGUAUUCAUUUCAUAUACAUGCAUGUAUAAAUAAAUACAUCAUCAAUCUGGUUCGAGAAGCUCUGGAUGAGCCUGCCAAAAGGCAUCUUUGAUGAUAUCAAUGUUGGCUUGCUCUACCGCGCCUUUUGCGUCCUAGAAAAAAGAAGGAAAUGUGUCGAUUACAUGCUGGAACCCUGUGCGUGUGAUCGCACACUAAAUGCCGUCGGGUUGAAACGCAUGUAGUUAGGCACUAUUGAGCCCCCGAUCUGAAUUUUUAGCUUUUGCGUCAACAUUCCCAUAAAGUUCACCAAGGGAGACGCGGAGGAUAAUCUGUCUUACAUUGGUGGCUAUGACAGAGGAUGCAUUUCCACCAACUGAACACCGGCAUUCUAUCGCUUAUUCCGUGUCUGUGAUACUUCGGUCAUUAAGUUUGCCACACUGAUGAAAGAUGUUAAGUCCUCUGCACAAGCGUACCUUGAAAUAGGUAUCUUACGACACGAUUCUUCUACAAAGGUCGU